AGACAUGUGACAUGUAGUAUUUUCAUAUUUUUGUAUACACUUUCAUAUUAAUUAGAAAUUCCUGUUCUUUGUAAAAGAUUUCUCACCAGCUCUGUUAAAUGUCAACACAACACUGAGCUUAUACCAAGCUUUUUAUUUUCAAAGCCUUUUAACAUUGAAUUCAGCUCGUGAAAUGCUACUUUUGCUUUUUGCAACCCGCGGAAACAACUUUGACUACCACAAAAAGUAAAAUCCUUUGAUAUGUUAGCGAAAGUGAAUAAACAUAUUUGUCUUCGUAAAAAUCUAUUUUAUAAUAUAAGUGACAUUUUAUCACCGAAGCACACCCUAAUUGUACUGUGUAAAGUUGUUGAAUCAAAUUUCAAUCACUCUAGAAUAAUUGUCUUAGUAUUUAAACUAGAAAAGGUAUGAACAAAACAUUGACAAAUACUGUAAACUUGUCAUAGGUAGCUAUGUAGAAAUUGCUCUGGUUGAUAAAAUUCUAAUGGUCCUUCUCUUAUUUCAGUUCAUGUGACAAAACAAUUGUCACAAUUGUCACUAUCCAUUGUGCCAUUAUUAAAUGCUGUGAAACAUAUUUUCAAUAACCCAAAAUACAGUAUUUUUCAGCUGUUUGAAGCUGAUCUACAAAACCGAAACUUAAAAGACCCAAAAAUGAAACUUAUGAACGGGAAGCAUAGAAACGGCCAUACAUAGAAUGCAUCUAUCGCUCAGACAUGCUUUCAAUGAGAGUGACAGAUCUAUAACUCACAUUUCUAUGUGAAUUUGGUUGCGUCGCCCAAAAACCGACAUACUUGCGCCUAGAUUACGCAUUUUAUUAAUUGAGCCUUUUCAGUCUUGUUUGUGUUUGUGCCCAUUGUUGUACUUUGUAUCAUAACAUCAUAAAGUGGCUGCCAAUCCUGAUUACCAAGCAAUUGAUUUGCCAAGAGAUAGAGAUAAAGAAAAUAGAGGUUCUGUCCCAGGGGAAACGGAUACAUUGCUGCCAACCCAAGUAACUGAUAACAUGAGCUCGGAUGAAACGAGCAGGAACAGUGAUCGGUCCAUGUGUCAACCAAUAACGUUCAACCGUACCUCUGUGAAAUGGAGCCAGCAGGUGGAGACAGAGUACUCACUGUAUACAGUCGCCUCAGCAGACAGUGAGAUUGAUUUAUAUGGAUCUGGUCUUCAUAUAAAUCAAAGCCCUACGGUUGAGGACCCUCUGCCUGCUUUAGGCCAGAUGCAGGAUAACAGAAUAGUACAUGGUACCAGACUGGACUGUACCAUAUGUGUGCAGCACAGUGACGAAGCUGUGAAGUUCUGCCAGGACUGCAAGGCUACUUUCUGUGAGAACCAUGUUAGAGACCACUACCAGGCCCCGAGACUGAUGAAACACACAUUGGUGGAGGCCACUGAAGGAAGGAAAACCGUUCCAAAUGUAGACCAUCACGUCCAUGACACAUAUGUUGAAACAGAACAAACUGCGACUCAGGUCUGCUCAUGGCAAACAGCCUUCUUCAUCAGUCUUCUGGGGAUUCUCAUACUGGUACUUGCCCUGGUAGGACUUGUAUGUUAUACACAAUUGUGUGUCACUGUACACGGGUCUGAGGUGGGAUUUCAGCACCGGAUUGUUCUGCUGGGGAAGUCUGGAUCAGAGAAGAGAGCAUCAGGAAACACCAUCCUGGGAAGAGAGGCCUUUAGAGUGGAGGCUUCGCCUUCGUAUGGGCCACAGUGUGAGGAACAAGAUGCUGUUGUGGGCCGAAAUAACAUAACUAUGAUUAACACCCCAGAUGUGUUGCCAUCUGAGGAAGUUGCAGGUAAAGUAGCUCAAUGCAUCAACAUCUCAACACCUCACGUGUUCCUGCUGGUGAUCAGGUUGUGCAACUGGUGCACAGAAGAGGAGAAGAAAACUGUCAAAUGGAUGAAUGAGAACUUUGCAGAGGAGGCCCUUAAAUACACCAUGGCGCUGUUCACUGGUGGAGACCAGCUAGAAGGGAAACCAGUGGAGGAGUAUCUAAAGGACAACAGUGAUUCCCUAAAGCUUCUCAGUAUGUGUGGUGGUAGACAUCACGUCUUCAUUAACAAAGAAAAGAAUGACCUCACUCAGGUCACAGAGCUGCUGGAGAAGAUAGACGGAUUAUUGAAUGAGAAUAGGGGAUACUAUCAUGUGACGAACAUCUUGACCCGGAGGGAAGAGGAGAUCAGGAGGAGGGAGGAGGCUCUGAGAAAGAUACUGGAACAGGAGGUUAGAAAGAGGGAUGCAGCCAUAGCAACGAUAAGAGAGGAGGAGGAGAAAAAGAGGGAUGCAGCCAUAGCAACGAUAAGAGAGGAAGAGGAGAAAAAGAGGGAGACUGAAGAGAGAAAAGUCUGUGAGGGGGAAGAUGAAGGGAGGAAGGUCAUUGAUAAUCUGGCAUUGAAAGUCUCAGGCUCAAAAAUGUAUGUAGGAGUAACAGUGAUCACAAUGAUGGUACUGAUUGUCCUUUCCUCGAAACCCUCAAUGAAAAGCGGGCUUGAGGAAGGAAAUGGAGGCUCUGCAGAGGAAGAACAAAAAAGGCUUCCAUACCUUGGUGCUAACGAGAGCGCAGAUGGAAUAAGGGAAGAACAGCCAGAACCACCUGUUCCUGAUUGUCAGUCCAUGAAGAGUGAUAAAUCCAUGCAUCUUCCACUAGAUUUCAACGGCGUCUGCCCAACCUGUGAUAGCAGGAGCCAGUCUCUGGAGACAAACUCCUCAGUGUGUAGUUCAGAUGGCGGUGAGAUGAAUUCACAAGGAUCUGUUGUUACACACCAAAGACGGAAGUGUGACAUAUGUGUGGGGCGCAUUCACAAAGCUGUGAAGUUCUGCAAAGUUUGUAAGGCUGUGUACUGUGAGGACCAUAUUAGAGAUCACUACAUGGCCCCAGGACUAAGGAAACACACAGUAGUGGAUGCCACUGAUGACCACGGCCAUGUUGAAAUAGAAAGGACUUCGACUCAGGUUGGCUUAUGGAAAAAGAAUGUAGUCCUUUUCUGCAUCCUCAUACUUAUACUUCUGGGUCUGGUGGGAGGACUUUGGUAUCAUAUGAGUCCCAGAGUGGAGGGUAAGGGGAGACUUGACAUGAGGAUUGUUCUGCUGGGUAAGACUGGAUCAGGGAAGAGUUCAACAGGAAACACCAUCCUGGGGAGAGAGGCGUUUCGAGCAGAGGCUUCUCCAGUGUCUGUGACCACACAGUGUGAGAAACACAAUGUUGUUAUUGGUCAGAAUAUAAUAACUGUGAUUGACACUCCAGGUAUCUUAGGCACAUUGUUGCAACCUGAGGAAGUUAUGGUUAAAACUGCUGAGUGCAUUAACACCACACCUCAUAUCUUCCUAUUGGUGAUCAGGCUGGAGGAAUUCACAGAUGAGGACAGAAAGUCAGUUCAAUGGAUCCAGGAGAAUUUUGGAGAGGAGGCUUUAAAGUACACGAUCGUUCUGUUUACUGGGGUAGACCAGCUAGAGGGGAAAUCGGUAGAGACGUUUAUAAAGGCCAGCAGCCAUCUACAACAAGUCAUUAACAGUUGUGGGGACAGAUACCAUGUCUUUAACAACAAGGACAAGAAUGACAACACUCAGGUCUCAGAGCUGUUAGAGAAGAUAGAUGAAUUACUGAAUGAGUAUAGGGGUUAUCAUCAUGUGGCAGACUUGCUGAUACAGGAAAGGGUUAGGAAAGAGGAGAUGAGGGAGAGGGCUCAGAUACUACAAGAGGAGGGGAUAAAGAGGGAAGCAGCAGAAAGAGAGAUCAGAGAGGAGGAGGAGAAAAAGAGGGAAGCAGCAGAAAGAGAGAUCAGAGAGGAGGAGGAGAAAAAGAGGGAAGCAGCAGAAAGAGAGAUCAGAGAGGAGGAGGUGAAAAAGAGGGAAGCAGCGGAAAGAGAGAUCAGAGAGGAGGAGGAGAAGAAGCGCAAGGAGCUAAAAAAUCUGGCAUUGAAGGCUUCUGAAAAAUCAGAUAUUAAGUUUCAGCUGAUAAUCAUUGUUGCAACAAUCAUCACUCUUAUCAUAAUUUCCUGCUGUAAGUCUAUUGUAGAUAGAACGAAGGAAGAACAUAUGAUAUCAAUACAGAAGGAACAGAAACUGGAGAAUGAAAUUAGACAUAUUAUUAAAGAGAAAUAUGAAAAGGAAAUCAGAUUGUUGAAAGAAGAGCUAAAUAGAACCAAAGAAAUAAAGGUAAAGGAAAAGAAAGAAGAUGUUAGAAGCUCUUGUAAAUGUUCUUAAAUAGUUAAUUUAGAGGAAACAAUGAUCAGAUCAACAAAAAAUAUGACAAAUAGCAAAACAGAACAGAAAAAAACAAAUGACCUGGAAAAUAAAACAAAAGGCACUACAAAAAUAAAAUACAAAAAUGUACAAGAAAAAAAUAUGAAGAUAAUAGCAGUCAUUAGAGGGCUGUGCCCUUUCUCUAUGACAGUAGUAGUCACAACAAUAGUUACAGCAGUUACACUUGUUAAAAAUGUACACAUCUGUCAAGAAUUGCACCUGACAUGUAGGUUGUGUCCCGAUUCAUGACCCCCACCUCCAUGGACUUACUGGUCUAUGAUCUCUACAGAGACAGUAGAUACAGAGCACAGUGUUGUCGUUUUUCAGCACAAAAGAGCCGGCUCCUUGUAAUACGCUCUUUUACUUCCUGAAAAGUGAGACACGCUGUAUCAUUCAUUGUGGAGCUGUGGCGGCAGUGUUGUGUCUUGGUUCCUUGAUCUGAUCUACAGUAUGGUGUCGUGACGUUGACCUUGGGGGUAGGUUUAUGACAGUCAUAAAUACCUCUUCUCCCCUUUUUCCUCUCUCUACCCUACUGAGGUUACAUUUACAAAACCCU